UUCCUACCGGCGUGAAAAAAAAACCCCGAUACGGCAAACCGAAACGAUCCGAAAACCUAAAACCGAAAUUUCUGUCGGCGAUGUCGGAUGCGUUCUGCCCUGACUGCAAGCGGAGCACGGAGGUCGUCUUCGACCACUCCGCCGGCGACACCGUCUGCCUCCGAGUGCGGGCUACGUGCUCGAGGCCCACUCGGAUCGACGAAACCUCAGAAUGGAGGACGUUUGCGAAUGAAUCGCGGCGAGUAACGAUCCGGUUCGCUGAUCGGUGGGCCUCUAACCCGCUUCUAACCCGACGGCGGUGCUUUCGGACGGUGAUAUCGAAGCCGAACUGGGCUGCGCCACAGGGGGAUUUUCUGUCCUCGUCGCUUGGUCGUUGGCAGAAUCGGGGGUCGAAUUCUGAUCGGUCGUUGAUUUUGGCGUUUCGGACGAUUGCUACCAUGGCUGAUAGGUUAGGUCUUGUUGCCACUAUCAAGGACCGAGCCAAUGAAAUAUACAAGAAGGUGGAAGACCUUAAAUCCAUUAGAGGAAGAAACCAAGAUGCAAUUUUGGCUGCUUGUCUUUACAUUGCUUGUCGACAAGAGGACAGGCCUCGCACUGUAAAGGAAAUCUGUUCUGUUGCCAAUGGAGCUACAAAGAAGGAAAUUGGCCGGGCAAAAGAGUUUAUUGUGAAGCAGCUGGAGGUUGAAAUGGGUCAAUCAAUGGAGAUGGGCACUAUUCAUGCGGGAGAUUUCCUGAGGCGUUUCUGUUCAUCUCUUGGCAUGGCUAACCAAGCUGUUAAAGCUGCUCAAGAAGCAGUUCAGAAGUCAGAAGAACUUGAUAUAAGGAGGAGCCCCAUAUCUAUUGCAGCAGCUGUUAUUUAUAUCAUAACACAAUUGUCAGAAGAGAAGAAACUUCUAAGAGAUAUCUCAGUGGCAACGGGAGUAGCAGAAGGCACCAUACGAAAUUCAUAUAAGGAUCUGCAUCCCUAUGUUGCCAAGAUUAUUCCAACUUGGUUUGCUAAGGAAGAGGAUCUCAAAAAUCUCUGCAGCCCAUAAUCCGCUUAAUAUUUGUUAUAAUACAAAGACAGUUUGAAACUCUAUUGCUAGCAUCAAUGGUGAUUUCUUCCAUCAUGUGGUUUGGUGAUACUUCCAUUUUACCUUUGUUUAUCUAUAGACCCAGUGAUAUUUGUGUUUUCGUGGAUGGAGGCUAGCAGACAGAAAAAGGCCUGUAGUGAACACUAAAGGAGAGUUCUUUUGGUUAUUUUGUAGACAUUUCAUUCUAUUUCACGUGUCAAUGAAGAUUCUUGUCUCUUGAAUGUGGAUAGAAAGUACCUUCAAUUUUUUAUUGUUAAUUUAAAGGAAACAAAGAGUUCAUGUGAUUUAAAUCCAAAAGCAGUCGAUUGA